AUGUCUUCACAAUCCAAAGCACCCAAAACAUUCAAAUCGUUGCAGAAAGUUGGAACUUCAUUGACGAAAACCUCUUCUUCUUCCUCGGAACAGGCUUCUACUACUUCUAAAAAAACCAAAACUUCAUCAUCGAGCAGUAGUAGUAAUACCACAACAACGAAUAAAUCAACAAUUACAAAACAACAACAGGGAUUGAAGAGAAAACUUUCCGAUACAACUCUGCUAGAAGAAGAAACUGAAAAUCAAGAAACAUCUCCAUCCUCCAUUCAACAAUCUAAUAAUAAUGAUUCAACCGGAGAACAACAACAACAGCCAAACAAGGCUGAUUCAUCAGUCAUUGAUACCUCAGUUACAUUCGCUUCACUCGGGCUCUCUCAAGUCUUGUGUGAUACUUUGAAAGAUAUUGGUUACAAACAUCCAACUAAAAUUCAAAGAGAAGUAAUUCCAGUGGCUAUUAAGGAGGCUUAUCAUGACGAAGAAACAGGCUUUACCAAAUAUAAUGAUAUUAUUGGAAUUUCGGAAACUGGUUCUGGAAAAACCGCUUCCUAUGUGCUUCCAAUUUUAGAGCGAUUGCUACAAUUGAAAGGAGAUCCUUCUCCUUGCUCUGCUCUCAUCUUGGCACCCACCCGAGAAUUGGCAACACAAAUUCAAUAUCAUGUAAAUGCACUAGGAAGUAAGAUUGGUAUUACAUCAACCACUCUCAUUGGAGGAACUACAAUUGCAAAUGACUCUCUUCGAUUCAAGAAGAAUAGAUAUCAUGUUGUGGUUGGAACUCCUGGCAGAGUUUGUGAUUUGUUGCAAUAUGGAAAGAGUAACUUUAAUUUGAAUCAUACUCGAUUUUUAGUUUUGGAUGAGGCUGACAAAAUGUUGGGAAGCGAAUUUGACAAGUGGCUGACCGCAAUUUCUGAAAAAUUGAAGAGAAAACAAUGUACAGUUUAUUUAUUCAGCGCUACCAUGACCACAAAAAUUGACAAACUGCUCAAGUUGCAUCAAAUGACAAAUCCUGUAAAGAUUCAAGUGACUAGCUCGAAAUAUCACACGGUCGAUACUCUCACUCAACAAUAUUUACUUGUGCCUGAGAAGUAUAAGGAACAAUAUCUCGUGUACUUGCUCAAUGAAAAUCCAGGCAAGAGAAUUUUAGUGUUUGCAGGACAAAAUGCAACAUGCAUCAUGUUGAGCAUCAUGUUACGAUCAUUGAAAUUCCCAGCCGUACCACUUUCGGGCCAUAUGGAUGAAACACAUCGACAACAUUGCCUCAGAAAGUUUAUUAGUGGAGAUCGUCCAAUUCUAGUCGCAACUGAUAUCGCUGCUCGUGGUUUGGAUAUUCCUCUCGUUGAAAUUGUUAUUAACUUUGAUAUUCCAGCACACUCUAAAGAAUAUGUUCAUCGUGUAGGAAGAACUGCCAGGAUUGGAAAUCAAGGUCUUGCCAUAACAUUUGUUACACAAUACGAUUUGCAAUAUUUCCAAAAGAUUGAAGCCUUAAUUGAAAAGAAGAUGGAUGCCUGUCCUGUCAAUAAGGAAAAUGCAAUGCUUCUAACGAACACAGUGUCAAAAGCUGUUAAAUUAGCUAAAAAGAAAAUGUCAGACAUGGAGAAGGGCGAUUUACCCGUACAGAGCGAUGAAUUCACUGAAGAAGAGGAAGUUUUGAAUAAUGCCAUUCGAUCCUUAGCCUCCAAACGAGAGAAUGCCGGAAAAAAGAAAGGUGGUGGUAGCUCAGGAGGACCAGGUAACCUCAAAAAGAAACGAAAAGAGCAAAAGUAA